ACUCAGCAUCGUUAUAAGAAACCAUAGUUUGGCAAUUCCCACAUCCAUUCCUCUCCCCUGUUCUCUGAAAGAAAUAAAAAAUGAAAACAUUCACUUUAGCAGCUCUCUUCUCAGCCUUCAUCUUCUUCACUGCUUCUGCUCUUGCAGCUGUUCCUCUUGAAGGACUACUUGCUAAUGGCAACUUUGAAGAGUCACCAAAACCAAGUGACCUCAAGAAAACAGUAAUUACAGGAAAGUAUGGACUCCCCAAAUGGGAAAUCAAUGGUUUGGUUGAGUACAUUUCUGGGGGACCCCAACCCGGAGGAAUGUACUUUCCGGUAGCCCACGGUAUCCAUGCCAUUCGGCUUGGGAAUGAAGCCUCGGUGUCACAGACAAUUCCUGUUAAAAAGGGGUCUCAUUAUGCACUUACCUUUGGGGCUUCCAGAACUUGUGCUCAGAAUGAGGUCUUGAGGGUUUCAGUGCCUCCUCAAACCGGAGAUCUUCCACUUCAAACUUUGUAUGAUAGUAUGGGUGGCGAUGUUUAUGCGUGGGGAUUUGUUGCAACUUCGGAUGUUGCUAAGGUGAUUCUGCACAAUCCUGGGGUUCAAGAGGAUCCCAGCUGCGGUCCACUCUUGGAUGCAAUUGCAAUCAAGGAGCUCUUUCCUGCACAGUAUACCAAAGGUAACUUAGUGAAAAAUAGUGGUUUUGAGGAGGGUCCUCAUCUUUUGAUCAACUCUUCUCACGGUGUACUUCUCCCACCCCGAGUCGAAGAUCCAUCUUCCCCACUUCCUGGAUGGAUCAUUGAAUCUCUCAAAGCUGUCAAGUUCAUCGACGCAAAGCAUUUCAAAGUUCCCUCUGGACGAGCUGCGAUUGAAUUGGUUGCAGGCAGAGAAAGUGCUAUCGCACAGAUCAUCCGGACAGUCCCCAAGAAGGUUUACAGUCUCACUUUCACUGUUGGCGAUGCAGAGAACAAUUGCCACGGAUCAAUGAUGGUCGAAGCAUUUGCUGCAAAGGAGAUGUUCAAAGUUCCAUUCACAUCUCAAGGUAAAGGAUUAUCAAAAACCGAGACUUUCAAGUUCACAGCUGUCUCGAGCAGAACUCGAUUAACUUUCUACAGCUCAUUCUACCACACAAAAGCUGGUGACAUCGGAUCUUUAUGCGGUCCUGUUCUUGAUGAAGUCAAGGUUACCCCUGUUGCUUAAAUGUUAAAGAGUCUGAGAGGUACUCUUCCUCGAGGCUGAGCUUAAUUUGUACUAUAGAGAGCUUGAAACUGUCUUUUGAUUCGACUUGCCGUCUUUGAAUAUGUAAUCUUUUAAACUAUUAGAUCCCUACUAUCUUGUGCUAAACGAAAUAUCGAUCACUUUCA